AAAUCAUGCCUGAACCAGCGAAGUCAGCGCCCAAGAAGGGCUCAAAGAAAGCCGUCGUUAAGACCGCCGUAAAGGGAGGAAAGAAGCGCAGAAAGUCCAGGAAGGAGAGCUACGCUAUCUACGUGUACAAAGUCCUGAAGCAGGUUCAUCCCGACACCGGCAUUUCUUCUAAGGCCAUGGGCAUCAUGAACUCUUUCGUCAACGACAUCUUUGAGCGCAUCGCCGGUGAGUCUUCUCGUCUCGCUCACUACAACAAGCGCUCCACCAUCACAUCCAGAGAGAUCCAGACCGCCGUUCGUCUAUUGUUGCCCGGUGAGCUGGCCAAGCACGCCGUGUCUGAGGGAACUAAGGCCGUCACAAAGUACACCAGCUCCAAGUAAACUCCCGCUUUAAGCACUCAACACCCAAAGGCUCUUUUAAGAGCCGCCCAUAUGUUCUGAAAAGAUUUUCCAAUAUCGAUUUUACAUGGUGGUAUAGUGUUGAUUUGUCAAAAAUAAUUAGACUGUAUUGUACAGUCUAAACAUAAAUUAAAUGGACACUUAUGGUGACAAUUGAGGAAAUGCAUGAAUAAGUCCAAACCUGAGCCACACUGAUGUUGGUUACGAGUAACGUUAGAACUCAGGAGUGCAGCCCAAAUAUUUACACAUUACAUUUAGGCAUUUGGCAGACGCUUUUAUCCAAAAGCGACUUACAUUGCUUUAUCCUAUACAUUUUACAUAGG